UUUCAUCUAGAAAAAAAGACAUUUUCUGUUCAAAAAUGUUUCUAAAUGAAAAAACAGCAGCACCAAGUACGUCUGUCACCAGAGCGCCACUCAGCUGGACCUGAGAAUUGGGCCGUAUGUUUCCACUCGUGCAUCUAAAUUUCCUGUGUGGUUUCACAGUCCCGAGAAGCUGCCAGGACUUCUCGUAAAGGCUGCAGCGGGUCAGUUUCACUCUUGUGGGCACUUAGUUCUCAUUUCGAUCUGUUUGUUUGAAGAUACAGCUCCGCUGAGUUUGGGGAAGAUGGAGGACGACGAAGGUUACACGGUACUGAACCUCCGGCCGAAGAGGGGAAACUCAGCCUGUCCGUCUCCAGAUGGACGCCAAGAGUCUCCUCCGAGUCCCCGUUGUUACAAAAUCGCCCUAGGAGCUUUGGGGGCCUGGUGUAUCAUUCUGACGUUAGCGGGGAUUGCACUGGGUGCCUGGGUUUUCCAGGGGCAAGCUCAUGAAGACCAGGCUGGAGCAGCAGGGAACGCAUCCCUGGAGGAGCUGGUGUCUCACUUGAGGCGGCGUCUGUGUGACUCAGCACCCGGCAGCGCUGCAGAUGGCUCCAGGUGCAAAGUCUGCCCCCGGGACUGGCUGCCCCACAGGGACAAAUGCUAUUGGGUCUCUAAAGAGAGUAAGUUCUGGAGUGAGAGCUUUAAAGACUGUGAAACGAGGACGUCUCAGAUGCUGGUCAUCCAGGACAGGGAGGAGAUGGAGCUGAUACAGAACAUUACUCAAGGGACAAGCCUUGUUUGGAUUGGACUCACCAUUAAAUCGCCAGAGAAGAAAUGGACCUGGGUGGACACUUCCCCAUUAGAUCAAAGUCUGUGA